GCACCCACAUUUCUUCAUCUCAUCCAGCUAACCUCAUCUCACCCACCAAACCCCAACACAUCACCAUAUCAAAUCCCUAUCUUCAAAUCCCCUCGUGAAUCAAACCAAGCAUUUCCCAAUCUCAAUCUCAAUCUCAAUAUUCAUCCUAAACCCGAAGCCCUAAGCCCGAAACCCGAUGCACGCUCGAGGACAGCUAUCGAUGCUGAUGCAGCGAGCCAGUUAAGUCAGUAAGUCAGUAAGCAAGUAAGCAAGCAAGCAUCCCGUCAAAUUACACCACAAUACCAAGUGAAGAAUCCAGAAUCCAGAAUCCACAACCCAGAAGAAGAAGCAUACAAGCAUACAAGCAUACCAGCUAGCCACCCCCCACAACUACAUCCACAACAACAAAUACAUACAUCCAUACAAAAAGAUCAACUCUUGGAAUGAUACGAUAUAAACAAAAAAACAAACAACACAAGCGGGUAUCACAUCAAAUCACAUCUGCAAGCUCGGUUACGAAACCUCUAAUUCGUAUUCGUUUUCGAGUUGUUCCCCCUUUAAGCUAGAUCUCGGGUCCCCUGCUAGUGCGACUUACAUGCUGUCGCGAUCCGAAUACGCACCCCCUGUCUCAUCACGUGAUUAACCCUCUCUGGAUAGUUAUUAAGACUUCUUCCAGCCCGCCAGCUACUUUGCCAUUCUCAGUUCAAUAGAUCCAUUUACUUCUCCCGCAAUCAACAAUCACCCCAACUCUCCCCAGCAAAUCCCCCAGCAUGGCCACCCCCAUCGUCCUCGAGCCGCAAGAUCUCGCACGAGAUUCCGCGUUCAAGCAAGCGCUCCAUGGCCAAACCGGACAGACCGAUCGCUCGUUCCUGAACCUGAUGCACAAGGACAAGGACGCGCAGAAGCUUGCCGCGGAUGAAUAUUUCAAGCAUUGGGAUAACAAGGUUGCCAAGAAUGAAACGACGCUGGAUCGCGAUACGAGACGCAAGGACUAUGCUACGCUCACUCGUCACUACUAUGAUCUCGCAACGGAUCUCUACGAAUAUGGUUGGGCCCAAAGUUUCCACUUCUGCACAUUCGCCAAAGGCGAGCCACUAAAGCAAGCCCUCGCACGACACGAGCACUAUCUGGCGCUGAAAAUGGGACUCCAGCAAGACCAGCUCGUGCUCGACGUCGGAUGCGGCGUUGGCGGGCCCGCCCGCGAGAUCGCCAAAUUCACCGGCUGCAAAAUCGUCGGGUUGAACAAUAACGAUUACCAGAUCGAGCGCGCGACACGCUAUGCGCAGCAACAGGGUUUGGGAAACCGAGUCAGCUUCACGAAAGGUGAUUUUAUGCAGAUGAGCUAUCCGGAUAAUAGUUUCGAUGCCGUCUAUGCGAUUGAGGCUACUGUGCACGCUCCCAGCUUAGAGGGCGUCUACAGCGAGAUCUUCCGAGUUCUGAAACCGGGUGGUUCGUUCGGCGUGUACGAGUGGCUGAUGACUGAAAAAUAUGACAAUGAAGAUCCCCACCACCGAGCGCUUCGUCUGGGGAUCGAGCAAGGAAAUGGAAUUAGUAACAUGGAGAAGAUUUCGGUAGCGCUACAGGCAAUGGAGAAAGCCGGCUUCGUUCUCGAACUCCACAUGAAUGUUGCAGAAAAGGAGGACGGGAAUGGGAUUCCGUGGUAUUGGCCUCUCAGCGGCGAACUGAAAUACAUGCAGAGUAUUUGGGAACUACCCACGUUCCUUCGAAUGUCACCCAUUGGUCGCACUGUCGUGCACGGAUUCAUUGGGGCUAUGGAGACGAUUGCAAUGGCUCCAAAAGGCACUCAGAAGACGGCCAAUUCACUAGCAGCAGGAGCAGAAUGUCUGGUUGCAGGUGCGAAGGAGAAACUAUUCACACCGAUGUAUCUGAUGGUUGCUCGUAAACCAGCAGUAUGAUGAAAGGUGUGAUUUGAAGCGUGUAAUCAAGUUUUCAUAUAAGAAAACCUAUUAAUUCAUGUACUAUAAUAUUAACUAAUGUGAGCUUUGUAAUCUUUUAUAUGAACAUCCCAAAAAGUUUGAACAAGGAUGGAACAUGGCUUUUCGGUGAUGAUGUUGCUCGCUCUAUUGACCACCACCCACCCCAAUCUAACAAUCCGAGUACCACAACAACACAUUACCAACAACAAAAAGCACACAAUGCUCCGCUACUCUUACAAGUCCCCAAGAAACAACUCAACAACCUUUAUAAACUCUCACCACCCCUGAGUGUGAAACUCAAUCGCACUUGCGAAAGUUGUAAGACUUCCUCACUCGAGACUAUGAAUAAAGAAAGGUCUUCAGAGAUGCA